CCUAAUGCAUAGAAGAGAGACGUUUCUCCUUGUGCUGCUUUCUGAGAUGUCACAGUAAUGGAAGCAGCGUGAGAUGGGUCCCUGAGGUUUUUUUUUAGCCCCCAACUAACAGUAGAGAAUGGCUGGAGUAAAGCAGAUGUUUCUUCUCAUCAACUUCCAAGGCUUCUAUCUGGGUUCUGUGUGUCAGAGGUGGACGUUCCCUUCUACAAUCACUGCUCUGAUCGGCUCCUGUGUGGAGAUUCCUUGUACAUAUCAUCCUGCCAGUACCUCGGGGACAUCGAGCACUGUGUGGUACUUAUAUAAUGCUAUAAGAUAUCCAGAGAUCCUAAACACCAAGGACUCAUCUUCAGCAAAGGCUGAAUACAGGGACCGGACCUCACUGGUACCGGGAGAGAACAGCUGCACCCUGCGGAUAGACCCUGUGGGAGGAGGAGAUGGUGAUGAAUAUUAUUCAGGAAUCGCAGAAGAUAAAAAAACAAAUGCAUUUGAUAAACAAUCCAGAACAGUUCAUCUCCGUGUCACAGACAUUCCAGGAAAAUGUGAUCUUCAUGUUCCUCAAAUUCUAACUGAAGGAGAAGCCACCAAUAUACGCUGUACUGCAGAACACACAUGCGGCUCCAGUCCUCCUUCUCUACAAUGGAACAAGCCUGGUCAGAUUCAGAACAAGUCAGUGGAUAUUACUGGAGGAACCUGGAGAGAAGAAUCAAUGCUUACCUAUAUUCCAUCAUAUCUGGAUGAUGGGACUUCAGUUCAGUGCACUGCUACGUAUCCUAAUGGACAAAAAACAGAGAGACCAGAAAUACUAAACAUCAAAUAUGCCCCCAAGAUUGUGACCGUCGCAGUAACUGUGAACAGUGAAUUAAUGGAAGGAAGUGAUGUGACGUUACAGUGUAAAAGCUUCUCCAAUCCUGAUGUAGAUGAUUAUGAAUGGUACAAAGGGAAAACCAAAUUACCAGACAGAGGACGGGAGAUCACAGUGAUGGAUGUGACCUGGGACAUAGAGCCCUAUUCCUGUGCUGCCAUAAAUCAUCUGGGUAGAGGAAAAUCAGCCCCAACAGAGAUACCUGUACUCUAUGCAGCAGUUGGAGUUCACGUCACCAUGAAGAAAGAACAUGAAUUCUCUGAAUUGGUCUGUGACUUCCUGAGCAGCCGGCCUGAUAUAACCCACUACACCUGGAUGAAGGAUGGCUCUAUAUUACAGAAUGAGAUGGAGAAGAACCUGACCAUAAAUAACAAUGAGGAGAACUACGGCCAGUAUUCGUGUAUCGCUCACAACAACGCUGGGAAUUCCUCCUCGGAAGAGAUCUGCAUAAAACGUGAGAAGUUGGAUUUGCCACUCAUUUUGGGGACAGUUGCCGGAUGUUUGUUUUUGAUUCUUCUUAUUGUGAUCGUCUACUUUUGUGUAAGACAAAUCUGCAAGUCAUAUUUUCCAGCCUUUAGAAAAAACACACCAGCUGCCAGGAGUCCCUCCCAUAAUACAACAACGAUAGAUGCAACAACAGAAGAAAAUCAGUAUGGAAACAUUUACAGUGAUCGCAACGCUCAACCAGAUUCAAUAUCUUUAAUGGAUGUGAACAUUAAAGACAAUUACGUCAUUUACAGCAAUAGUGAAGUUUUGCAACCAACAAAUGAAGUGGAAUAUUCUGAUAUCUGCCAUGUUCAACAUGACCAUAUGACUUCAUCCAGGGUUGAUUAUGGACACAAUGUGGAGUAUGCAACUUUAAGACAUUAAAACAAUGACUUUUCUUGUGAAAGGAGGAUCAAUUGAUUCAAUUAUGACAUAAUUUGAAUAUUGAUUAAAAACCAAAAAAGCCCACUCUACACAGAACAAGUUCUAACACAGCAGGAAUCUGGAUCAAAUAAUCAAAGUUAAUCAAACAUUUUAAUUACUCUAUUAAAACCAUAGUAAAACAAUACACAAAAAAAACUGAAGUGUAGGAUAACAGAUCCACACAAUGCAACACAAAGCAGAUACUUAGUGGUACAAAAAGUAGCAUACAAGUCACACAGAGAUUAUGAAUAUACUCUUCGUAAAGGGGAGUAAUUAUAAAAAUUAGUUACCAUUAAAAUGCAGCAGCUAAAUCCAACCUUAAAGAUGAAGAGAUGAAUGGCUGGAUUCCCACCACCAGGUGACACUACUUCCAAAGCAUUUAGUAACUUUUAAACUAAAUUUGCCAGAAGCACAGGCAUUUGGUGGUGGAUGUCCACCACCAGUUUGAUUACUUUCCCCACAUUUAUGCAUUUUAGGUAUUUAAUUGCGUUAAUUCACCAAAAAACGUGGAAUAUCCUGAUAAAAGAAGCCGACAACUGCUCUCCAAAAAAAUUCUUAGAUUUUCUACGUUUCUCUAACUCGGCGAAUGAACUCUACAACAUCUAUUGAUGAUGCUCCUAAUGAAGGGAAAAUACUUCACUGCUAUAAAUCAUCAUGAAUUGCGAUCAUCUUUCUAAGCUGGUUUGGAUGGAUGCCCAUAGUCUGCUAUGGUCUCAUAAUGUGUCUCUGUGUACGGUACCUUUUUGUUUGAAGAUGGGUAUCCACAAGACAAAAUCUUGACAUCCUCCAUUUUCUUAAUUUUAUUUUCUUUGCUUUACUCUUCUGGACAGUUUUGAUAAUUCCUCCAAUUUUGCUUGCGUGUUGUUUUAAAAAAAAAUAAUGGCUAAAAUAACACAAUUACCUUAUUCUGUGGGUUAAAAUGAUUACAGUGAUAAAAUAAACUCAAAGUUUCCAUUAUGUUUUACUUUUUUUUAUAAAAUAAACAACCUUUUGUAAAUAAA